GUGUCCCCGCGCCAUAACACACGGCGCGCGCACGCACACGCAGCAGCAGCAGGAGAAGAGCUAAGGCUAAGCGAAGCGGAAGCAAGAGAUGGCGGCCGCCACCAUGGCUCUCUCCUCCCCGGCGCUGGCCGGCAAGGCCACCGCGAAAGUGUUCGGCGAGGGGCGGAUCACCAUGCGCAAGACGGCGGCCAAGCCCAAGCCGGCGGCGUCGGGCAGCCCGUGGUACGGCGCCGACCGGGUGCUCUACCUCGGCCCGCUCUCCGGCGAGCCGCCGAGCUACCUGACCGGCGAGUUCCCCGGCGACUACGGGUGGGACACCGCGGGGCUGUCCGCCGACCCCGAGACGUUCGCCAAGAACCGGGAGCUGGAGGUGAUCCACUGCCGGUGGGCCAUGCUCGGCGCGCUCGGCUGCGUCUUCCCGGAGCUCCUCGCCCGCAACGGCGUCAAGUUCGGCGAGGCCGUGUGGUUCAAGGCCGGGUCACAGAUCUUCAGCGAGGGCGGGCUCGACUACCUCGGCAACCCGAGCCUGAUCCACGCGCAGAGCAUCCUCGCCAUCUGGGCCUGCCAGGUCGUGCUCAUGGGCGCCGUCGAGGGCUACCGCAUCGCCGGCGGCCCGCUCGGCGAGGUCGUCGACCCGCUCUACCCCGGCGGCAGCUUCGACCCGCUCGGCCUCGCCGACGACCCGGAGGCCUUCGCCGAGCUCAAGGUCAAGGAGAUCAAGAACGGCCGCCUCGCCAUGUUCUCCAUGUUCGGCUUCUUCGUGCAGGCCAUCGUCACCGGCAAGGGCCCCCUCGAGAACCUCGCCGACCACCUCGCCGACCCCGUCAACAACAACGCCUGGGCCUACGCCACCAACUUCGUCCCCGGCAAGUGAGCGCCGCCGCCCCUGCUGCCAUUGCCAUGGCCAUGCCAUCGCAGGAGUGUGUGUGUACGCAGUACAGUAGAUGUACGUACGUGUACCGUAUAGAUGUACGUAUCCGUAUGGACCGCGUGGAUGUACGAGUAUUCGAGACGUGGGAAUGGUGAGACCUGUACCGGUAGUGUGUAUUUCUGAACAUGAAUCAAAUGAAGUAUGGUGUUGUGAAUUAUUAAAUUA